AAAAUGAAACAUGAUAUUGGCAACAUCUACGAACUAAUUCCUGCCUAUGGCAGCGUAAGCAGCUUUGAUCUCAAAGAGACGCGUGGACGCGCCACAGGUGACGGAAAAGCUCCUACAACGCCCGCGCCCUGUGUCGCCAACUGAUAAGCGUCCGAGGGAAAACUUCCCAGGAAUAACGACAGGCUCGGGGCCCCGAAUCGAAGAGCAACGCGCGUGAUUCCACGACGUCACCUCUCAAAACCAUGAAGAGACAGUUGACGUUAAGGACCAAACGUGACGAGGACAAGGCGAUCGGAAAGUCGCUGGUGAAGUAGCUGGAUGCAACGGGGACACAGCGGGGCGAAAAAAGUUAUUGUCUUUCCCCACCCGAGUGACUAAAAGAGACAACAAAGGACCGUCAAUGUUCAAACUAUGCUCUCUUUGUACUGACAUACCAAGGUAGGAACCAUCAAUUCCCGUGUCGCUGCACAUAAAAAUAUUGAACCAUGGAAUCGGAAGGAUCUACGGGACUGGCGAAGUCUGCCGCUGUAAAACUGUCUGAGAUGGGAGAAAGAACUAAACAAUUAGGUACCGCUAUGCAAGACCCAAACCGACAGAGACGGAUUAUUUUAGUGAUUGUGUGUGUGGCGCUUUUGUUAGACAAUAUGCUCUAUAUGGUUAUAGUGCCAAUAAUUCCAGAAUACCUGGCGGAUCUGGAAAGUGAGCAAGAACAUGCUUAUAAAGCUUCUCAUUUAAAUUCAUCUGCAUUCAAAAGCAACAAAGACAAUUUAGACGUCCAAAUUGGAGUUUUGUUCGCAUCCAAGGCUAUCCUGCAGCUGCUUGUCAACCCUUUUACCGGAACUUUCAUAGACCGGGUGGGAUACGACAUUCCACUUUUAAUCGGACUCACUAUCAUGUUCCUCUCCACCUGCAUAUUUGCGUUUGCCGAAAACUACGGGACCCUUUUCUUUGCGCGCAGUCUACAGGGACUCGGCUCGGCUUUUGCCGACACCUCUGGAAUCGCAAUGAUUGCGGACAAGUACACUGAGGAAGCGGAGCGAAGUCGCGCUUUGGGCAUCGCCCUGGCGUUCAUCUCGUUCGGGAGUCUGGUUGCACCUCCCUUCGGCGGCGUCCUGUACCAGUUCGCCGGCAAACGAGUGCCCUUCAUAGUGCUCGCUUGUGUUUGCCUGGCCGAUGGCUUCCUGCUUUUAACUGUGAUAAAGCCUUUCACGAACAGGACUCGAGAGAACAUGCCCGUGGGCACCCCGAUCUACCGACUGAUGAUUGACCCGUACAUAGUCGUGGUGGCGGGCGCCCUGACCGUGUGCAACAUCCCCCUGGCCUUUUUGGAGCCGACCAUCGCCAACUGGAUGACCACCACCAUGCACGCCAGCGAGUCAGAGGUGGGAAUGACUUGGCUCCCAGCGUUUUUCCCUCACGUCCUCGGGGUGUAUAUGACUGUCAAAUUAGCAGCCAAGUACCCCAACUUGCAGUGGUUCUACGGCGCUCUUGGUAUGGUCAUCAUAGGAGCAAGCUCCUGCGUCGUGCCAGCGUGCAAAACUUUUGGCCAGCUCAUGCUCCCCUUGUGCGGCAUCUGUUUCGGCAUCGCGCUUGUAGACACCGCGCUCCUGCCAACCCUUGCCUUCCUCGUCGAUGUGCGGCACGUUUCCGUGUACGGCAGCGUGUAUGCUAUCGCUGAUAUAUCCUACUCGGUCGCGUACGCGAUGGGCCCCAUCGUGGCCGGCCAGAUUGUGCACAAUUUGGGCUUCGUGCAGCUGAACUUGGGCAUGGGACUGGUGAAUGUGCUUUACGCGCCCACCCUGCUCUUUCUCCGCCACGUGUGUCAGAUGAAGCCGUCCUACUCCGAGAGAAACGUCCUACUCGAAGAGGGGCCACAGGGACUCUACGACACCAUUAAGAUGGAGGAGAGAAAGAGUAAAAAGAAGGGCUUCAGCUCCGCCGGUAACUGCGUCCCCAUUGAUGAAAACGGACUGGACGCCUUCAGAGAACACGGGUCAUAUUCAGAGGAAUCAUCUGGUCCAGAGUACAGUUAGAAAUUAAAAAGAAAAAGAGUCGUAGAUAGUUACAUUUUUUUUAGAGAUUUUGUUUAUUUUAUUAACUAGAAUAUAUUUUACUUAAGUUAUGUGCAAUAUAUAAUUACCAAAUAAUGAUUGUCUUAUGCGUUUCGGAUAUGGGUUUCUUAGUUGAUCAUGAUGCUAUCAUUACAGCUUAAAUGACCAAGUCUAUGGUGAAACGCUUCCUCCUAUCAUUAUUGUGAAAGGUCUAUAUUCGACUUUGUGCACAUGUACUGUAUUGUAAAAAGGUAAAUAGAAACAUGUAUGUAAAAUAAUAUAUUAAAACUUCAGACACGAAAUCAUGAAAACCAAAUAUCGUACUUUAUAUUUCCAGGUGAACACAAAUAUUUGUUUACAACCAUAUUAUCGUUAUCAUGACACUUCAUUGCAAGUUUUCAAUCACUGUAAUAAUUUGGAGUGACUAUUAUCUUCUAGUUUGAACUGUUAAAUCACAUGUCUACCACAAAUAGCCCUACUUGUUGUAAAUAUGUAGGUAUCUGUAAAUUCAACUAUGCCUAUGUGGACUAGUGUAAAAUGGAAUGUGUGUGUUUUGUGAUUUAGGUAGAACCUAUGUAAUGUCAGAGGAGAGAAUGAAC